UUUCCUUUUCAGACUUUUCUUCCGUUUGAGUUUUUUAUAAUUUGCUUACGACUGUUGAACAUGACCCACUUGGUUCCAACAAGACAUUAGAAUUGGUCUCCCCUUCCCUUACUCAGCUCAGAUCUGAUCUCCCUCCCGAGAGAUCUAAGCCUUUCUCCAAAAGUCGUCCCCUGAAUUCCUUUUCCGACCCGACGCAACUUCCAAAGUAGCGUAUUGGAUCUGCCGCUUCCGCGUCCGGCGGUGAGUAAUGGGUCUGCCGGAGAAUGGUGACGCAGAGAUGGACUUCCCGGCGGUUUCCAUUGGAAACAAGUACACUAGGUUGGGCUCCGACGCUGCAGAGUCCAGAAGCAGCCGAACCAGGAAAUACGUCAUCGCCUGCGCCAUUUUCGCCUCCUUUAACAACGUUCUUCUCGGCUAUGAUGUCGGAGUAAUGAGCGGCGCGAUACUGUUCAUACAGCAGGACCUCAAGAUAACGGAGGUAGAGACAGAAGUCCUUGUGGGCUGUCUGAGCAUCAUCUCGCUGUUCGGAAGUUUAGCCGGUGGCAGAACCUCCGACGUCAUCGGCAGGAAGUGGACGAUGGCUUUGGCGGCUCUCGUCUUCCAGUCUGGCGCGGCCGUCAUGACGGUGGCCCCAUCCUUCGAGGUUCUGAUGAUCGGCAGAACCUUAGCCGGAGUCGGGAUCGGCCUGGGAGUCAUGAUUGCCCCUGUCUACAUCGCAGAGAUCUCCCCAACUGUAGCCAGAGGCUUCCUCACCUCCUUCCCUGAGAUCUGCAUCAAUCUCGGCAUUUUGUUGGGCUAUGUCUCCAACUACGCGUUCUCAGGACUUUCCCCGCACAUAAGCUGGAGGGUAAUGCUCGCUGUCGGGAUUCUUCCUUCGGUGUUUAUAGGAUUCGCGUUGUUCUUGAUCCCUGAGUCUCCGCGGUGGCUGGUGAUGAAGAACCGAGUGGACAGAGCACGAGAGGUUCUAAUGAAGACGAACGAGAGAGAGGAGGAAGUGGAAGCAAGAAAAAAAAUCCAUUUUUUCAGCUUUAUCCAUGUAGAUAUAUAACACCGAACAGGGAGAGGGUAGAUUUUGAGCCCGUCGCCAGCCGUACGAAAAAUGCUAAUUGUAGGAUUCGGGAUACAAUGUUUCCAGCAGAUCACCGGCAUUGACGCAACGGUCUACUACAGCCCGGAGAUCCUAAAAGAUGCAGGCAUUACAGACGAGACGAAGCUUUUGGCAGCCACUGUUGCCGUGGGUGUCACAAAGACAGUGUUCAUACUCUUUGCAACGUUUCUGAUCGAUAAUGUAGGGCGAAAGCCACUGCUGUACGUGAGCACCAUCGGCAUGACAGUUUGCCUCUUCAGUCUAGGCUUGACCCUGAGUUUUCUUGGGGAUGGAGAGCUAGGAAUCGCAUUAGCCAUUCUGUUUGUGUGCGGUAACGUGGCAUUCUUUUCGGUAGGGAUGGGGCCUGUAUGCUGGGUAUUGACGUCGGAGAUAUUCCCGUUGCGGCUAAGGGCGCAGGCGUCAGCGCUGGGUGCGGUGGGGAACAGGGUCUCGAGUGGGGUGGUAGCCACCUCGUUUCUGUCGGUGUCAGGUGCGAUCACAGUGGGAGGGACAUUCUUGGUGUUCUCAAUAUUGUCGGGGCUCUCAGUUGUGUUUGUGCAUGUGUUUGUGCCGGAGACGAGUGGGAAGUCGCUGGAGCAGAUAGAGCUAAUGUUUCAGGAGAGCAAAGGCGGGGGUGAGGUUGAGCUCGGAGACGCUGAGCGUCUUGUUCACAAGGAUUCUACGUUUUGAACAGAAACUUCCUUUGGAGGGAGCGGAGGAGCUUUUCUUGUUUCUCGUGCUUCAUCCUACACAAAGGCAAAUCAUGUUAUAGAUGGCGUUUUCAUAGAGCCGCAUGGGCAUUUCUUCAUUAAACACGCUUGUAUAAAUUUAAUUUCUUUUCCAUUUGCGAAAAGCAUGCAGAGGCGCAAAUGAGAUUAAAAAUAAUAAUAAAUAGGAAAUGGUCAACGUUUUCUU